AUAAUAGUGUGAUUUGCUGUGAAAAUCAGUUUUGGAGCGAAACCGCAUUACGUAUUCAGAUCUGCCCUAAGCCAUGGGAGACGAGGAGGAGGAGGAGGCGCUGCCGUGCGUAACCACCGUUUCCGGCCAAUCAGCCUCGGCCACCAACGCUCUCCGCAAAUUAAACCUUCUUGACAUACACGCCGAUGAUGCCGCUGGCAAGAAGAAAAAGAGAGGCCAACGUGCUGUUGGACCUGAUAAGACUGGAAGAGGUCUCCGCCAAUUUAGCAUGAAAGUGUGUGAGAAGGUAGAAAGCAGGGGAAGAACAACUUACAAUGAGGUGGCGGAUGAGCUUGUUGCUGAAUUUUCUGAUCCAAGCAAUACUGAUUUGACCCCUGAUCAGCAACAAUACGACGAGAAAAAUAUCCGUAGAAGGGUCUAUGAUGCUCUGAAUGUUCUAAUGGCAAUGGAUAUUAUUUCUAAGGACAAAAAGGAAAUCCAAUGGAAGGGUCUUCCUCGUACUAGUGUGAAUGAUAUUGAAGAGCUAAAGACAGAGCGUCUUGGGCUCAGGAAUAGAAUUGAAAAGAAAACAGCAUAUCUGCAGGAGCUUGAGGAGCAAUUCGUAGGUCUUCAGAACCUUAUUCAACGAAAUGAGCAGUUAUAUAGCUCAGGAAAUCCUCCUCGUGGAGGUGUAUCUUUGCCGUUUAUUCUGGUACAGACAGGUCCUCAUGCAACUGUGGAAGUGGAAAUAUCAGAAGAUAUGCAGCUUGUUCAUUUUGAUUUCAAUAGUACCCCCUUUGAGCUGCAUGACGACAAUUAUGUUCUCAAGGCAAUGAAAUUUUCUGAGAAACCACAGGAUGACAAUAUGAUACUCAAUCUUAAUGAUGGAGGUGAAGGUUCUAGCGUUUCAGGCUUGUGUCAGCCACAGGCUCUUCCUACAAUUUUAAAUGUGUCAAAUAGGUCUCCAACAUCACCUCCUCUCCCUGGCAUAUUAAAGGCAAGAGUUAAGCAAGAGCAUUAAUCUAUAAGUUUAUUAUAUUAUGUUUCCUUAUGUAAGCAUGUUUGUAUAUUUUGUAGAGAAAUUUGCUGCAGUUGUUAGACCGUUAUAGUUAGUCAUUGGUACAGCCAAGUCAUUCUGUAGGUUAGGAAGCAGACCGGUAUGUCAUCUUUGUUGUUAGGGGUAGACUUUGGCACAUUCCUUUCCCACAUAUUUUGACUGUAACUUUGUCCCCUCUCUAGUGAGACAAAUCGGUUUGUAUUAGUCCAUAGGUCAUGGAAUGGAAUCCAACAGCAUAGGAUUAAUUUUCGAAUUCACCGAUUUAUAGUGUAAAGUUUUCCAGCUUAGUUGGUAUUUGGACCAAUGCAUCUUGUUUGUAUUGUAGCA